AUGCAUAGCCUCCAUAAUAAGAUAUAACGGUCCAGUCCUGGUCUCGCUUCUCCCUAAUUUUGCUUCAUCAAUCAAAGAAAAUUUCGUCAUUUUCUCCAACUUCUCCAGAUCCAUCAAUUCUCUUCCGUUUCAUCCCUGUUUUUGAUCCAAUUCCAAUGGCAACUCAAAUUGGGCCCUUAAAUACGCCUGGAAAAGAUGGAAAAUUAUCAGCUUCCCAUUCCUGUUCGGUAUCCAAGGUCAGAGUCGUCAUAAGAGUUAGACCCUUCCUUCCCCGAGAAAUUUCGGAAAAAAAUGGCGAUGCCGAGUCCUGCAUUUCCGUUUUUGACUCAGAACUGAAGUCUUGUGAUGAAGUGACUGUGCACCUCAAAGAUCAAGAAACUAGUCGGAACGAGUGCUUCAAAUUGGAUGCCUUUUUCGGGCAAGAAGACAACAACAUUAGUAAAAUUUUUCAGGAAGAAGUGAAGCCGUUGAUUUCAGGUAUUUUUAAGGGCUGCAACGCCACUGUCUUCGCAUAUGGUGCUACGGGGAGUGGAAAAACUUACACUAUGCAGGGGAGUGAGGAGUCGCCAGGUCUGAUGCCGCUUGCUGUGGCCACCAUUCUCUCUAUUUGCCACAACACAGAAAGUAGAGUAAAAAUCUCAUACUAUGAGAUCUACAUGGACAAAUGCUAUGAUCUUUUGGAACUAAAAGAAAGGGAAAUUGCAAUAUUUGAUGACAAAGAUGGACAAAUUCAUCUUAGGGGAUUAGCUCAAGUUAGAGUGAACUCAAUAUCUGAAUUCCAUCAGGUGUUUUCUUGUGCAAUUCAGAGGCGUAAGGUUGGGCAGACAAGCCUCAAUGAUGUUUCUAGUAGAAGUCACGGUGUGCUGGUGAUAUCAGUUUCGACCCCUUGUGAUGAUGAUAGUGGGAAAUCUGUGGAUGGCAAGCUAAACCUGAUUGAUUUAGCAGGAAAUGAGGACAACAAAAAGACAUGCAAUGAAGGAAUUCGUCUCUAUGAAAGCGCCAAGAUCAACCAGUCGCUUUUUGCACUUUCCAAUGUUAUCUAUGCACUAAACAACAACAAACCCCGAAUACCCUACAGAGAAAACAGAUUGACACGGAUACUGCAGGAUUCUCUCGGAGGAACAAGUCGUGCUUUGAUGGUUGCUUGCCUGAAUCCAGGAGAGUAUCAAGAAUCAGUUCGCACAGUUAGUUUGGCCUCCAGGUCACGUCACAUAUCCAAUUUUGUAUCUUCAGCUCAGAAAAAAGAUGCUCCAAGUGUCAGCAUGGAGGCAAAGCUUCGUGAGUGGCUGGAAUCUAAGAGCAAGACAAAGAAUGCUCAAAUGAUCGGUAGAUGUGGAUCUCCGGUAACCAUAAAAAGUCCUACUUCUGUGAGCUCUCUAAAAAAGCCAAAAACAGGCUGGAGUUCUGCAAAACGAAGAAUUGAUAGCAACCAGGGUGCUUCAACUUCUGUGGCUCACAGAAAUUUAUUUAAUCAUGGAGGUCCUGUAGAUCCAGGGAAGGAGGUAAACAUGAAACUACUUUCUCCAAUUGGUUAUUGCACAGAUGAACCUGCAAUUAGAGAGCAGAAGAUGGCAACAGGCAAAUGUUCUACAGGACCAUCCCCUGUUAGUGCUAAAACUAAGUCACCACAAAGUCCCUUGAGGAAAGUCCUUUCUCCAAUUGACUCCAAUAUAAAAGCUGACGACAUAAUUUCAGAAGAUCAACCUCUUGUUUCUUCUGACCUGAAAACUCCCAAAACACCUUUUAUUCAUAAUGGUGGUAAUGACCAGUUUGAGGGCACUGGAAACCCCCUUGAAAAAUUCCAUACUCGAAGUACUAACUUGAAGGGCACUCUGGUUCAAGAAUAUAUCGAGUUCUUAAACACAGCAACCAGGGAAGAGCUACUUGAGCUAAAGGGAAUCGGGCAGAAGAUGGCCGAGUACAUUACUGACCUUAGGGAGACGAGUCCUUUAAAAUCACUGAACGAUUUGGAGAAAUUAGGCCUUUCAUCAAAGCAGGUACACAAUAUGUUCAGCAGAGCUGCAAGAGGUGUUUUUGGAUAAGCUUGUAUGAAACCAAGUCACGAAAUCAUGAAGAGGAUAGCUUACAAAUUUCAGCCAGCAUCAUAACCAUUGUAACAGUUAUUUAACAGCCCUGCUCUUACCCUAAUUUCAGCAUUUGAGCUGUAGCAUCCGCAAAUUGAUGUCAUGGUAUGUAUUAACCUUUUCUUUAAAUCGUAAUUAUUGUCUUCUGGGAUGGGCGACAGCAGCAGAUUUCAUGGCACUGAACGAACACUAACCAAUUCCAUGGUCUAUCACCUUUAAUUUUAAUUUUAAUUUGAAGAAGACUUUGUAUUUUUUUUUUCAGUUUUAUAUAAAAGGAUUCAACUACUGUUUCGAACACUUGUUUACGGGCUUGUCUGAUUCGUCUUCUUCUGGUUGCGGAUGAACUGAACCUGCUGCUUUUGGAACUAAUUUCUCCUCCUUUUGUUAAAAAGAAAAUUGAUGAACAGAAAGUAUUUGAGGGAUUUUGACCACAAGUCGUUGAUAACAACACUUGGCAAAUUACUCACAACACAUCUUUCACAGUUAAACGACGGACUAUCCACUUAAUAAAUUACUCACAACACAUCUUUUACAAAAAUUAAUCACUCACCAACACAACUCUAACUCUCAUAUUUGAAAGAAAAAAAUUCAAACACGAGUUUUUUUUUACCAAAAAGAUCUCUUAACCCUUCAAACAAACCUUUUUAAGAUCUUUUGCACCAAUUUAGCCGGUAAAUCAAUCGAGAAAAAUUGACCCACUAUUUUGGAUUUUUAAAGGUAAAAAUAUCUUAUUUUGAUUGACACAAUUUUUCUCCCAAGAAAAAUCAAGCUUUCAAGGUUAAUCCGUAUUCUAUUGCGAGGUUAAUCCGUACUUUGACCCAACUUCAUAGGAAGUAAAUGCAAUUAACAAAAAAAAAAAAAUCACUAACAACAUCAUCCCCUACCUCUUUCCUUCUCCUCAACUACCCCCCACUCACUACACACACACACACACAGAUGAUUUAGUGACUUAUCUUCUCCUCCGCUCCCACACUCAAAAGAGACCAUCCUGACCACUUACUCCAUAUGCUAUUAACUUGCUACAAAUCAGAUGGAUCCCCGACGAUUUGAGGUCACACUAGCAUGUACUCACUGGUUUCUGCAUUUUGAGCGAUUCUUCGAAUCAGACAGAUUGCCGAUUUCAAAGUCGGUGCGUGCGACGCGACAUGCAUACAUCUAUCUACAAAGCACAAGAUCUAUUGAAUACUCGCUAACAAACAGAAUUUUCCCUUUCUUUAAUUUAACAAAACAAAGGAGUUUUCAUUAGCUAUGAUCAUACUCAAAAACUCUCUUCCUGACCACCAACAUACAGACAAGCAGAGG